UUCCUCAUCCGAGCUCCAAUGACUUAAUGUUUUGGCACUAAAGUGGUUUAUCCUGUGCGGGUUCUUCGCGCAGGAGAGUGGAGUAAGGAAGUGUGGAGAAAUGAUGAAAAAAUUUGCCUUUAAACGUGAGAAAUACGGGAGACGUUCGUUAGCCGUUGCCUUGUGACGACUUCGGACACAGAGGCUCGCGCGCUCUCGCGCCUGUGAUUCCCAGCGAGCGACGCGCGAGACCGAGCAGGCGUCAGGUUGUUCGGCUAAAAGUUUAGCAUUACGACGCGACGUUUUCUGACACGGUUUUCAUGUUUAUUUAGUUAAUAAUUUAUUAAUUUAUUUUUCGCGUUUUUCCCUUCCCCUCCUCCCCUCCUUCUCUUAUUGAUCACCGAGUUGGUCAAUAAUCUGCGUGAGCCGGUGAUUAAUCUACAUAAUGACUUCAGGAGCCACAGCUGAAAAGAAAAGACAGAGCUGUGAGCGGAGGAAGGCGAGAUGUCGCGAUGCGGCACGCUGUAGGCGGGUGAAGGAGACGGAGGUGUUUAAUCAGCUGGCCAGUCAGCUUCCUCUCCAUCACAGCAUCACGGAGAGCCUCGAUAAAGCUUCGAUCAUCCGUCUCACGCUGAGUUACCUGCACCUGCGCUCGGCUCUCAACACAGUGAUGAUGGGCGAGCAGUCCGAGUUGGACGCUCAGUGGAGCGCUUCCUGUCUGAAGGCCCUCGACGGCUUCCUCAUGAUUCUCUCUCAGGACGGAGACGUCGUUUACACGUCGGAAACCGUCAGCAAGUGUCUGGGGAUUUCCCAGAUCGACCUGUCAGGACAGAGUGUGUUUGAUUUCACUCACCCAUGCGACCAUGAAGAGAUCCGAGAGGUGCUGGUUAACAGAACAGGGUUCUAUAAGAAAACCAGAGAAGAGCAGAGUUUCUUUUUGCGGAUGAAGUGCACUCUGACCAGUAGGGGGCGCACCGUCAACCUCAGAUCUGCUACAUGGAAGGUUCUCCACUGUUCCGGUCAUGUCCGUGUGGAGUGCACGCAGAAGAGCGUGUGUGAAGAGAGCAGCACACCGGCGUCGUACCUGGUGCUGAUCUGUGAGCCGAUCCCACACCCAGCCAACAUCGAGAUUCUUCUGGACUCCAGGACGUUCCUGAGCAAACACACGCUCGACAUGCGCUUCUCCUACUGCGACGAGCGGAUCACGCCGUUGUUGGGUUAUGACCCUGAGGAUCUCCUUCAAUGUUCUGCGUACCAGUUUUAUCAUGCUCUGGACUCAGACAGUCUCACCAAAACGCACCACAACUUGUUUGUGAAGGGCCAGGCAUGUACAGGUCAGUACCGUAUGCUGGUGAAAGGCGGAGGCUUUGUGUGGGUGGAGACUCAGGCCACCGUCAUCUACAACAACAAAAACUCUCAACCACAGUGCGUCAUCUGCCUUAACUACGUCCUCAGUGGUGUUGAAGAACCCGAGCUGGUUCUCUCUCUCCAUCAGUCGGCGAUGAAGCAGGAGAAGGAGGACGGGUGCGAGAUGGAGAGAGAGACACGGAGCCAGGAAGCAGCGACUCUGAUAAACGAGGACACGAAGGAGGAGCAGAGCGAGGGAGAAACCGAGCUACAGGCUCCUGACGCUGACGUCACACUGGACUUCGCUAACACGGGUAUGUCGUUUACAGGGGCAGAAACGUCAGCACUCAGAGACGCUCCUCUCUACAACGACGUCAUGAUGCCCUCCACCAGCGUCCUGUCGCCUCAGUCACCGCCCACCGAACCACCCUGUGGCACCCUGCCCCGCCUGGAGGACUUCCCCUUCCCAUCAUCCUCUGCUCCGGUCUCGUCCGGUCGCAGUUCCACUCAGGUGGUAGAGGAUCUGGAGUUGGAGAUGUUGGCUCCCUACAUCUCCAUGGACAAUGAUUAUCAUCUCCACACGCGCACAUGCGUAGAGGGUCCAGAGGAUAUCGGUUCCGCCCAGAAAAACACCAGAACACGCACAAAUCCCAGCGAUACACAACACGGAGAACAGCCGGAUGAAGAUCUGUCUUCCGCGAGGCGGCCGAAUGAGAAAAAGAGAAAACUAGAAACACUGUCUCGGUCUCGUGCCACAGGGCGGGUGAUGACGGACUCGCCUCAGUUCAAGAGGUCAAAGGUCACGGUGUCAGAGACUCGUCCACCAGCCGCCAUGCCAGAGACUCUGACUAUACUGCUGCUCCCCUCGGACGUCUUGAACCAGCUGAUGGUGGGAGGAGCCAUCAUUAAGCCCCUCCCACACGUCCGUCGUUAGGAUGUAAAGUGAACGCAGCUGUCGCAGCGCGGAAAAACCUCGAAUCCAUUCAAGAACCGUUUCAUCCCCUCGUACAUGGAAUUAUUUUGAAUUUUUAAAGUAAUUUUUAAAAACCUAAACUAUUUGUAGAAAUUCAAGUGAACAAGUGUGAUGUGGUGAGAUUUUUUUCAUGAGAUUGACGCUGAUGCUAAAUAUGCUUCUAACCCCGCCUCUAAACCUACCUCAACCUCUAACUCUGCCUCUACAGUAACCAGGCAUAAGACGAUACACUAAAGCCACGAUAGGCUUCACGAGACCAUGUCCGCGCGAAUACGAUAAAAUAUUAACACGUUUAUUUUGUAACAACAAAUCGAAUCGCUACGAUAUAAGAAAAGUAGAACAGGAUUUAUAAUAUAAGCUGUAAUUUUCCCCUUUCGGCGUCGCGUGUAUUCCAUGGCAACAUUAUUAAUAUGGAAAGACUGUUGGACAAUAGUUUGUGCCUUAAAUAACAAUUGUGUCGUCACGCUUCUACCGCCGUCUGACCUCCACCUGAAAUACACGAGUGCGUCGAUACUUGUACUGAUGACCCUCCAGCUCAAACCCUGACUCUAAUCCUAACAGUAACCCCGCCUCUAACACUAACUCCACCCCCUAACUGUAGUCUAUAACUCGCUGUAGAGACUGAGGCGUGUGAAUAACAUCCCGAGUUUUACUUU